CACAUACACAUUAUUUUCAUACAUAUAUCACCACCAUUAUCUAUUUGAUUCUUAUUUCUCAAACAUAAAUAAAAUUCCCAUUCAUUCCUGUAGACUGAUCAAACCAUAUACUACUUCCCACCAUAAAAAAGAUCAAAUUUUUAGCACAAAUUUGGAAAAAAGGUUGAACCUUUAGCCCAAAUUUGAGGUUGGUUUGUUGUAUUCUUUGAUUCUUUUUGUGGGUUUGAUUCAAAAAUGGAGAUAGAUAGAUAUAGAUUAUUAUUAUGUGUUGUGUUCACCAUGUGUUUGAUGAAAUGCGCCUUAGGGUUUGAGCCUGUAGAUAACUAUCUGUUAGACUGUGGAUCCACCAAAAAUACUUCAGUAGGCAAAAGGGUGUUCAUAGCAGAAACUUCUGAUCAUGGUUUUCUGUCAAACCCAGAUCAAGAAUUUGUAAAAUCAGCUGAUUCUGUACGUAUAUUAGCCCCUUAUGGUUCUGAAUUGUAUACAACUGCUAGAAUUGUUAAUACUACUUCAAACUAUACUUUUAGUAUAAACCAACAUGGCCGGCAUUUCGUUCGUUUGUAUUUCUUUCCGUUUGGUCUAGAUUCUGGAACACGUAACUUGAGUAGUGCUAGAUUUAGUGUUUUUGCUCAAGGUUUUACUCUUUUGAAAGAUUUCCAGCCUUAUUUUAGUCCUGUUGUUAAGGAGUAUUCUUUGAAUGUUAGUUCUGAUAAGUUGGUUAUUACUUUUGUUCCUUCUGGAAAGUCGUUCGCUUUCUUAAAUGCUAUAGAAGUUGUGUCUCAACCGGAUGAACUUAUCCCGCCUACUGCCAAAACUGUUGAGGUUCCUGGAAACCAUCAUAGUUUGAUGACACAGGCAUUGGAGACGGUUGCUAGGGUGAAUAUGGGUAACCAGACGGUUUCUCCUGAAAAUGAUACAUUGUAUCGGCUUUGGAAUGCAGAUGGUCCGUUUAUAAAACAUAACAGUUAUAUUCGGUUUGUGUCGAAUUUAAGUGCUGUAAAUUAUACACAAGGGGGUCCAACGCGUGAUAUUGCUCCACCGUCUGUUUAUGGUACUGUUACUAAACUAGAUACUUCGUCUAAUCCUGGAUUACUUUUGAAUAAUACUUGGUCGUUUAAUGUUGAUCCGGGGUUUUCCUACUUAGUUCGGUUUCACGUCUGUGAUAUCAUCGAGCGUCCACCUUCUGAGCUGCUCUUAAAUAUUUACCUAAAUUCCUUGUUGGUUGUUAAAGAUCUUAAUCUAGGUGAGCAGAUGUCAAACAUUUGGGGGGCUCCUUACUUCUUGGAUGCUGUCACUAGGGCAAGUGGAAAUAGGCUACUAAAUGUAAGUGUAGGAACUAGCAUUACAAACGGCAACUACCCUGAAAGCAUUCUUAAUGGGCUCGAGAUCAUGAAGAUUAGUGAUUCUAAAGGGAAUCUUGAUGAAGAUGAGACUUCACGGUCAACGAAGAAAGUUUGGGUCAUAGCCGCCUCGGUUGGUGGAGCUUCGUUGGUUGUGGUUCUUUUGGGUUGUCUAUUCUUUAUUAUAAGCAGAAGAAAUAGAAGGAAGUUAUCACAAGAAUGCUUGAGCUCUAAUGGUAAUAAGGAUCUUGAUGAAAGUAACAUCUUUUCAAGAUCAAAGAUUGGAUACCGCUUUCCCUUGAUAGCAAUUCAAGAAGCUACUGAUAAGUUCAGCGAGAGCUUGGUAAUUGGAGUUGGUGGUUUUGGAAAAGUUUACAAAGGGAAAUUGUUUGGUGAUACAAUAGUGGCGGUGAAAAGAGGUACCCCUCAAUCUCGUCAAGGUUUGGCUGAAUUUAAAACCGAAAUUGAAAUGCUAUCUCAAUUACGUCAUCGCCAUUUGGUAUCACUAAUAGGUUAUUGUGACGAAUGUAAUGAAAUGAUCAUUAUAUACGAGUACAUGGCAAAUGGGACCUUGAAAGAGCAUCUUUAUGGCUCAGAUCUGCCUAAAUUGAGUUGGAGGCAAAGGCUCGAGAUUUGCAUUGGGUCAGCCCGAGGACUUGAUUAUCUUCACACAAGUUCUUCAAAAGCGAUCAUUCAUCGAGAUGUCAAGUCUGCAAACAUUUUGUUAGACGAGAAUUUCAUGGCUAAAGUUGCUGACUUUGGACUUUCAAAGGACGGGCCAGGGCUUAAUCAGACUCAUGUUAGCACUGCAGUCAAAGGAAGUUUCGGUUAUCUUGAUCCAGAAUACAUGAGUAGGCAACAAUUGACAGUGAAAUCAGAUGUUUACUCCUUCGGUGUUGUGAUGUAUGAAAUCCUCUCUGGGAAGCCUGUCAUUGACCCAUCUCGUGGACGAGGAAUGGUCAAUUUGGUUGAAUGGGUCAAAGAGUGCCGGGAAAAAGGCGAAUUGGAGAAAGUUUUUGACCCAUUUCUUGCGGGGAAAAUGAACAUGGAGUCUUUGAAGAAGUUCUUGGAGAUUACUGAUAAAUGCUUAGCAGAAGAAGGCGUUGAUAGACCUACAAUGUAUGAUGUUGCACAUAAUCUUGAAGGUGCACUUGCACUUCAUCCAGAAGGAACAGAAGUAAAAACGCCUCAAAUGGACACUAUUUCUGAAACCAAUCAUGCGGAAAAUGGUGUUAGUAGUACACUUUUUAGUGAAGCAAGUGUUGGUGAUCUUGAAGGUGUUUCAAUGAGUAGAGUCUUUUCAGAAAUGGUUAAAGGUGAAAAACCUGAAAUGAGGUAAGAAAAUUUGAAGUUUUUUCUUCUUCUUCUGAUUAGGGAAAAGAUGUAUAAUGAAGUAUAGGAGAUGAUUAAAGAUUUUAUUUUUGUGUGUUUUGCCUGACACCAUAAGCUUUCCAACUUGUAAGUUGAUUUUCCUUUUAAUCACUGGUUUGAAAUGUGAUUGAUCUUGAAGAUGGUAUAUGUUAGUUGUUUCAUUUGUUUUGUAUCUGCUGUGCCUUCUUAAAGCGUAUCCGUGAUGAUAUUAGCUUGUAAAUAGGUUGAUUUGAGUUAUAAUAAUGGCGAGAAUAAAUCCGCAAGGAACGUCAAACCAAUACAAGAUUUAUGACCAAGGACCAGACUCCAGAGUCUUUAAUCAGCCAUGCUUUUAGCAUUGGAUUUGAAAUUAUGAAUUACGAAUAUGAUUUGUCGAUCUCUUUAUGAAAACAAUCUUUUUGUCUUUGAA